AUGAACUGGCCUCGUACACUCUUUAUACCUGCAGCAGCAGCAGCAGCAGCAGCAGCAGCAGCAGCAGCAGAUGGAGAUAAAGCAGCAGCAACAGGAGUAGUAAUAGUAGUUGUAGUAGUAGCAGCAGCAGCAGCGGCAGAUGCAGUAGAUAAAGAAGAUGCGGCAGAAGCAGCUGCUGCAGCAGCAGCAACAGCAGCAGACUCAGCAGCAACAGCAGCAGCAGCAGCAGCAGCAGCAGACCUGCAGCAAAGAGGCUUUUUCUAUGCAGCACCAAGCUGCGUAUACACCCCAAAUCAACAUAAAGUUCUCCUCUAA